AUGGCCGAGUCUAAAGCAGCCAAGGCUGCUGCGAAAGUAUUAAGGCAGUCGAACAAUGAAUGGAGCAACAAAUAUUUCGCAAUUGCUAUCGGUGCAAUAAUGUUUCUCUUUGCUGUGCACUAUUGGGCAGGUUUUAUCCAGGCUCGAUACGGUCCAAAGAAAAUAUAUCCUGUGUUGAUUCGGACUUACAGACGAAUCGGACACUUUCUGUCUACGAGCUCAAUUUUCGGGACAAGAAUAGAACGUUUGCUUCUGUAUAUUGUAUAUUGGGCUAUCAACUUGAUCCUCGCCCUGACAAAUGUUGACCUUACUCAAAUCACAUAUGUUGCGAAACGAUUCGGCUGGAUUUCUGUCGCGAACUUGGUGCUCUUAGUCUUUCUGGCACUGAAAAACACUCCUCUUGCUCCCUUAACAGGAAAUUCCUAUGAGAAGCUUCGCCCACUCCACAAAGUCGCUGGUUAUACUUGUAUCUUCACAAGCGUCUUGCAUGGUAUAGUAUACCUAUCUGCAUGGGGAGAGACUGGAAAAUUGGCCACAAUGAGCGAACGAAAAGAUUAUGCUGGUGCCAUUGCAGGUACAGCCAUGGUUAUCAUUGCCUUUUCAACUAUCACCUACUUCACACGGAGAUAUUAUGAGCUGUUCUACAUGUUGCAUAUCAUAAUGUUUGCCUUGAUUAUAAUCACCGUUGGAAUGCAUCGCCCGGACUUCUCAAGCUCGACUGUGAUUAUCGUGAUAUUCACUGCCUGUCUCUGGGUGAUGGAUCGUAUUAUCCGCGGCGCAAAGAUAGUCUGGAACAGCUUUGGAAAUUCCGCAACUAUCACAGCGUUACCAAAUGAGGCUGUUCGGGUAAGAUUGAACCGCCGUAUGCGAGCUUCUCCAGGAUCCCAUGCAUUCUUGUGGGUUCCUGCGAUUCGUUGGGUUGAGAGCCACCCGUUCACUCUGCUCUCAUCAACGCCGUCUGAGUUUGUAAUCCGAGUGUAUGAUGGAUUUACACGUGACUUAUACAAAGCUGCUCAACAUGCACCAGGGAAGUCCCUACGCUGUUCUGUAGACGGUCCAUAUGGAGAAGCGCCUGACUUUAAGAUCUUCGAUAAAGUCAUUCUAAUUGCCGGGGGCAGUGGUGCCAGUUUCACAUUUGCUAUUGCAUUGGACCUUAUCGAGACAUCUACCAAAAAGGUCAAGUCGAUUGAUUUUAUUUGGGUAGUAAGGCAUCAUGAGAGUCUCGAGUGGUUUUCUCAAGAGCUGAAACGUCUUCACUCCUGCCCGGAUGUGAAUUUGAUCAUCCACAUCACCGGACCCUUUGACCUAUCUGGUUUAUCAUCGCCCACAGUGGCAGGUUCCAUCUUAGAAAAAGUCUCAGUCAAGGACGACAUAACCCAAACUGUCCCCUGUCCGAUAAUUGCAACAAAUGACCUUGAGAAGGGUCAUUUAAGCGAUUCUGGAAUAAAUUUAUAUUCCUCGACAAACUACAUUCGACCUGGACGUCCGGACAUUGCUAGUGUUAUCAAUGAGGCUGCUACUUCACAUGGUAGCCCAGAUGACCGUGUUAUCGUUGGUGCCUGUGGUCCUAAAGAGCUUAUUAGUACAACACGAAACGCUGUUAAUAAUGACCUGCGUAAUGAACGAUUAGCAGUCACAUUCUAUAGUGAGGAAUUCGAAUGGUAA